AUGCUGAUAAUCUGGCUUGAUUUAGAGGAAGCACUGAGGCAGGNCGGCAGCCUGGACGAGGAGGAGGAUGAGGAGCGGGAGCCGCUGCUGCCGCGGAUCGCCUGGGCCGAACCGCGGAAGGGCGCCCCGGGGACCGCCGUGAGGCUGGUGGAGGCUGCCCGGGAGGAGGGCGCGGGCUCUCCUGGCGAGACGGGCGACAAGGAACUGCUGCUCCGGCCCAAGGACGCGCCCCGCUGCCCCUGUCGGGCCGUGGGGUGCCUCCGGAGCUCGUCCACGGACUUGGACUGGAGCAGCCCCGCGUGUUCAGAGUUGAAUGCAUUCUUGGAUGAUCCAGAAUUUGCUGAUGUUGUAUUGAAAGCGGAGCAGGCAAUAGAAUUUGGAGUUUUUCCAGAAAGAAUCUCUCAAGGUUCAAGUGGAAGUUACUUUGUGAAGGAUCCUAAAAGGAAAGUUAUUGGUGUGUUUAAACCCAAAUCAGAAGAGCCUUAUGGUCAACUGAAUCCAAAAUGGACCAAAUAUGUUCAUAAGGUCUGCUGCCCUUGCUGCUUCGGCAGAGGCUGCUUGGUCCCUAACCAGGGAUACCUUUCCGAAGCUGCUGCCUCCCUUGUGGAUGAAAAACUUCAUCUGGGCAUUGUACCUAAAACAAGGGUGGUUUGGCUUGUCAGUGAGACAUUUAACUACAGUGCAAUUGACCGUGCAAAAUCUAGAGGCAAAAAGUAUGCUUUAGAGAAAGUGCCAAAAGUGGGUAGAAAAUUUCAUCGGAUAGGACUCCCUCCUAAGAUUGGUUCCUUUCAGUUAUUUGUUGAAAGUUACAAGGAGGCUGAAUUUUGGCUUAGAAAAUUUGAAGCUGACCCUUUGCCUGAGAAUAUUAGAAAACAAUUUCAGUCACAGUUUGAAAAAUUAGUUAUUUUGGAUUACAUCAUCAGAAAUACAGACAGGGGAAAUGAUAAUUGGUUAAUCAGGUAUGAAAAGCAGAAACAUGGAAAGGAAAUUAAGGAAACAAAUUGGAUUGAUGAUAAAGAAUCGCUUAUUAAAAUAGCUGCAAUUGAUAAUGGUCUAGCAUUUCCUUUUAAACAUCCUGAUGAGUGGAGAGCAUAUCCAUUUCACUGGGCUUGGCUUCCUCAAGCAAAAGUUCCUUUUUCUGAAGAAACAAGAAACUUGAUUCUACCAUAUAUAUCUGACAUGAACUUCGUGCAAGAUUUAUGUGAAGAUCUUUAUGAACUUUUUAAGAUUGACAAAAGAUUUAACAAAGCCACUUUUGAAAAUCAAAUGUCUGUGAUGAGAGGUCAGAUCUUAAAUCUUUCUCAGGCAUUGAGAGACGGGAAGAGCCCUGUCCAGCUGGUACAAAUGCCUUGUGUGAUUGUGGAGCACAGUCGGGGCAGAACUCAGGGUCGGGUUGUCCACAUCAGCAGUACUUUCACCCAGACUUUCCAUUGCAGGAAGCCAUUUUUUUCCUCCUGGUAGCAAGUAUAAGAGUAAGAGAAACGAACUGGCAUUAUUGUGUUAUUAAAAUGUAAGAUGGAUUUACAUUACAGUACUGUACAGUAAUGUAAGUCUGCUGUUAAGAGCUCCAGUUGCCAAAACCUCAAAUAAUAUAAGUCUUUAAAAGGUUAUGUUUUGAAUGUAAUCAAAAGUUUACAGUUUUUUGUCUAAAUAUUAAAUUUCUAUUUCAGGGAAGAAGUGUAUCUCCCAUAUUGUAUUUUUGUAGGAAAAUUGUAUUUUAUGUUGUUGAUGUUAGUUUAAAAACUAAUUUCAUGGUUUACACAUUCUGAAAUGACUGUAAUUACUUUAGAAUUCCAAAUAGAAAAAUAAGGCAUUUGUUGACUUUGAAUACAAUAACUUUUUAUAUACUUUUUAAACAUUGUGAAGAAUGUUCAUUUUAACUCAUCUUACAUUAUAAAAGACCUUCGAGAGUGAAACUGUUCUUAUGAACUCUAACAGAGUAGUUAAUAGAAAAACAGGUAAGAAUAAAGCAGCGUUGCCUUAAUUUAAAAAGCUGCUAUUUUAGAACUUGAAUAAGUGCUCCUAACGUGACCAUUGUUAGGGACUAGAAAAUUAUAUCUUGGUUAAGUAACAGAUGACCAUUUCCUUUUUUGUACUUCAGAAUAUUUUUGGUCAAUUAUUUUGUUAUAUUGAGAAAAAAUCGAAU